UUUUUUCAUUUAGUGAACCUGCAUUUUCGGGUGUCGUUUCUCCAACAAUAUCAUUGAGAAGAGUUUUUAGUACAAACGAACCCCACGACGAAGUCGCCCACUCUUGUCAUUGUUCUUUGAUGGUCUAGUUUGUCAGAGUUUAACUUUGAUUUAUUUUUUAAGAUGGUAUCUAUGUAUAAGUUUACGUUGUUCGCUAGAGCGAUGUAGUUUUUUCGUCAAUUAUAGCUUAGCUCAUAGUUAAGUAUGUAACCGAGUAAGUAGAGUGUUGGUUGUUACGACAUGUAGAAGUUUCGAUGUUGUAUCUCCUCCAUGUGAAAACUAAAUUUUCACCAGCAUCAGAAAAUUUUCACCAGCAUCAGAAAAUUAGUUAAUAGUUUGUUUUUCGCAAUCAAGAAAAUGCCCCCGAUGUGCGCGAUGGGUCCGCUCCAGAUGCAGCGUGGGCCUCCGCCCGGCGUGGAAGUGAUCCCGCUGUGUCGCGACGGAAGCCUCCUUUUAAAACACUCGCGAGAUGAGUGUAGACGUGCGUUCAUCCCAAGCACAGGACUCCCACACUCUUCCCAAGUGAAAACCACGGAUAAGGAUAGAAGAACUUCAAUAACAUCACUGAACGAGUUAGAGACGGUUUUACCGAUGAAAGCCUAGACGACCCAUUGGAAACUUUCGUGGUGUUGCUGUUGCCCCUUCCUCCUCCGAGUCCGAGCAAAAGGAAGUUAAGGAGUAACUGUAGAUCAUUGCAUUUGCAACUAGAUGUUCUACCUCAACUUCAACAACUGGGGAUUAGUAGUUUAUCUACAUCCUAUCAUUGCCCCGCGUGGUGGACUUUUCUGAGCGGGUUCCAUCCCUCAGAUUCAUUUGAAGGGCAGGGUAAGGGGGGAAUCCACUCGACAAUUACGGGGACGAGUGAUUGACUACCUCUAAGGAAGGACUGUGGCGAGCCACGCGUGCGUCUCCUCUCGCUGCGGUUAGGGAAUGCGGAAGAAGCACUGUCGUCCGCUUUGCCCCACGUUCUAGAAGAAGCACGCGAAUCGAAGGCUUUGGCUGCGCUCGUGAUCCAAGAGGCUCAUUUUAUUGGGACCCCGGCCAAUCCCUGCAUGGUAACGCUCGAUGGCCGCCGUUUGCCGCAUCGGGAGCAGAAAGGGAUAGACUCUGCACUCCAGUACACAUUUUUCAGCACUGCCCUUGGCCAUGGUGGGGAGCCGCUGUCGUGCAGCCAACCGGUGGUCGGUGGAACUUUGAGUACGCGACGCACGCUAGCAGAUCUAUUGGUCCAAGGCUUCAACGUCAGCACCGAGGGACUAACGCACGACCCGCUAUUGACAGGUUUGCAAAAACACUUCGCUGGGAAGGGAGAAAACAAGGAAUGGGCGCGGACUUUUCGAUCUCAACUGUGUUGGAAGGCUCAUACCUCGGCGGCGCUGCAAAAGCGGUCGCUGCUGGAGGCUUACACCGAGGAUCAGGCUUUGCUGACAGGUCACAUGUCCGAAGAAGAUAAAGCAAUGGAAGAGAUGAUGAAACAGGUUUGCGGCGGCGGGAGCAACUUCUUUUAAGGGUAGGCUUUAGGCUAAUAUGGGAGUCGGCCUUGAAGUCGGCUGCCAUCUUGUCUCUACGCUGGUCGCGAAUGGCCAUAUCAGAGGCGCACACACGACGCACUGUUGCCGUUUGUUAUGGCUCUCCUAAGGGAGACAGAUGUAACAAACGUACAGAAAUACCAAGACCCUACCUCUAAUUCUUCACAAGGAUGAGGAAGCAGAAGCAAGCGGAAGCGCGAAAGCGAGCGCAACAGGACGCACAGAGGACAUCUCAGGUUCAUCGUCGAACCACUGAUGAGGCGAAUACUGACAACACGCAUGAUGACACCUCGACGACGGGGACAACUGCUCAAGAUACUACAGGCAAGGGCGGGCAGAGUCGCAAAUGCAACAAAGGGAAAGGAAAAGGUGGCUCCUUUGCUCCACCGGAGAGAGCAGUAGACGCGAGGACCUCAAAGGCUGCGAAGAAAGGAUCACGGGGUAAGAGAGCUGCACAUCAGCACAGGAACAAUUUGAAUUUGUCUAAAGGGAGCGUCGGAGACAACAUCAACUCUGAGCGUGAUUGGUCUGCACCACAUCAAGACACACACGAUGACAGGCAAAAAACUGCUUCUAAGGAGGACGAUAGUAGAAAGGACGAUAGUUGUAGAAAGCGCUCCUCUUCAGAUGAAGACGAAGUGAAGGCGCGAUUAAAAAAUACGCCACUGGAGGGAAUGAAGACGCAUCGCGACUGCGCUCGAGAGCUGGGCGUAAAGUUUCCACGAUCCCAAAGGCAGGAGCGUGCCACGUACGCGAAACUUUCCCAGCUAAUUGAAGCCUAUCAGGUCGCUCCACUGCCGUUCGCCCAACCCUCUCCGGCGCAAAAAAGGGAGAUGCUCGAGGCGGACAAGCGCAUUGAGCAGCGAAUACGAGAUAUGCUGGCGCCUGAAUCUGGUUCCUUGCCAGGCAACUCGGUCCAUCUGCAAAUUCUGCGUGAUCUACUUCUAGCAACCGAUGAAGACGGGUGGACGCCAUUGCAUAUGGCAAGCUACUCCGCUCAUGCUAAACUAGUCGAGAUCGUCGUUGAGACCCUGCUGCCUCUUGAGCAAGAUGAGGGUGAUGAAGAUGACAAGGUCCUUGCUGGACAAGAGGCCUUGCUGCAGGAGAAAUCGUUACCGCUGGACAAGAAAUCGUUAGCUUCCUGCUGCUCGCAAGUUACGUCGUCGGGCUCGUCUGCAUCUGCGGAACUAGUACCUGAAAAGAGUGACCCACAGGAGAAGAUCUCCUCAAAUAAGUCGCGCGAGGAAGCCAGUCGCUUGGUUGACGAGAUAGUGAAUGCGCGGGAGUGGACGCGCGGGCACACGGCGGCCGAAGUGUGCGCUAUUCCUGGCAAGCGUAACGAGGUAGAGAAAAUGCUUGAAGUGUACACUGCGCUAUCCAAGUUGCGUCACUUCCGGCUGGGUCGAAACAAUGACGGCUACAGUGCUGUCGACUACUUACGCGCAGCAGAACAAGCAUCCUCUGUCCAUCGACCGCCAAGCGUGGUGAGGAAUAGAGAGGGAACAACUAUGAAGAUGAACAAGAGCAGGGACGUCGUGAACCUAGAAAAUGUUGUUGGGUUUCUUGAGAACUCUGUGCUGAAGCGACAAGAGCAGACCUGCGCGAACCCCAAGUGUUCGAAGACGCAAGGUGGAUCCGUGAAGGCGCUCUCCCGAUGCAGCCGGUGCCAGCUGUCCUGGUAUUGCGGUCGCGAGUGCCAGGCACAGCAUUUCCGCGAAGGAGGACACAAAAAGGAAUGCAAAAAGCCGGGAAAUUUACCUGCUAAGGUUCCUUUCGGCCUGAAUCCUCGCACUGGCGCUGUGCGGUACUUCUAAGAAACAAGAGUACUACACUCUCAGCAGGUAUCUAUAGUGUAAGGAGUAUAUUUGAUGAAAUAGAACUGACAGGUGGAUGUUGGUGAAGAAACUGAGGAGACACCUCUCGGUAUCUUUCUUUUGAUGAAAAAGCUCAUCUGUUUUCUUUCUUUCUCUCUCGGUUUUUCCGUAUUCUGAUGCAUGAGAAAGAGAAGGGAGAGUGUUCAAUAAAAAUUACAGUUCUUGGGGUCCUUCUGCACGGGUUCUUAUUGAAAAAUAUUCAAGUCUAGGUCCUAGCCCGUCGGCUUCUCUAUCGAAAAGGAUGCAGUGUCUUGAUCUCCUUGUCGUGUAUUAUAGCAUAUAACCAGAUAGCAACCGUCGAUUGAGAAUGUAUGAAUAUGAUAAUCGUCGUGCGCCUGCGCACGUCUCGCAUGGGCGCGAAUCACUAGAGAGAUAAAACGUUAUCUCACGGCCCAGGUUUGCUUGCAUUCCUGACGCGUUUGUCGUCUAUGUCUUCAUGAAUCCCUUCUGUUUUUGAGAGAAACGAAUCCCUAUUAAUUUUCUGGUUAAUAUCUAAUAUG